UACUCAUUGGACUAUGUACGGAGUUCUUGUAAUUGGAGCUCCUGGAGCUGGAAAAUCUACAUUUUGUGCAGGAUUAACGGACAUUUUCUCACAAACCAAACGACCAUUUCUCACUAUCAAUCUUGAUCCUGCUAAUGACACAAUGGCAUACGCACCUGAUGUAAAUAUCACUGAAAUGAUCACUGUGAAUGAUGUAAUGGAUCGACUUGGACUUGGACCAAAUGGAGCUCUCAAAUACUGUAUUGAAACACUUGGAGCUAAUUGUAAUUGGCUCCUCCAGAAAAUCGAAGCGAAUCACAAGAAAUAUCUGAUAAUUGAUUGUCCCGGACAGUUGGAACUAUACAAAAGCGAAGGCGAACUAUGGAAAGUUAUCCGCUUUUUGGAAAAAUCCGGUGUUAGACUAUGUGCCUUACAUCUUGCCGAUUCACUUUACUGCAGUGACCCAUCGAAAUUCAUUUCUGUUGCAUUAUCCACAUUAGCGACAAUGGUAACAAUGGAGAUGCCACAAGUAAACUGUCUGUCAAAAGCAGAUCUUUUCUCUGAAGACGGGACCUAUGAUCUCGAGUUUUUCUCCCAUUUACCUGAUGUCAAUCGACUUUUGGAUCUUUUGAAUGAAGUUCCCGGAUUGGAAAAAUAUCGAAAAUUGAAUGAAGCAAUUUGUGGAGUUAUUAGCGAUUUCGACCUCGUUUCAUUUGUACCACUUGCCGUUGAAAAUAAGGAAUCAAUGAUGAAAGUUAUUCAAAUGGUUGAUGCUGCAAAUGGAUUCUCAUUAACUGAACAAGGAGAUAUUCGAGAACUUAUUCUUAAUUCAAAAGCCUAGAUUUUCUACCAAAUCGUUUUGUUUGCUUUUUGCAAAUCUUGUUGUUUUUCCUGCUUUCUCUCAAAGUAAUUUUUUACCCAAUACCGGUUAUCCUUGCGCAUGUUCUCACUUGUUAAGAUUUUCAUUUCGAAAAGUCAUCAAGAAACCAAUAAAUAUUCAUUAUCAUC